CCCGGGCAGUGCCCAACGAUUUGCUGGGUUGGGUAGGGGAAGAAAAGAGGAGGGCAGGGACGAGGGACUUCUUUUUGGAGCUGGGCGCGGGCGAUGCCUGUGAGUGGGUUAAUGCAGCUGACCCGGUUGUCCCCGCAGUAAGAAAUUGAAUGCGCAAGCCUUGCUGCAAACCGAGCACCGCGUAUGCCGCAAUCAAGCUUGGCGUUGGGCGACGUCUGACCGACCAGGGUCACACUCGCUCUUCUUCAUCUUUUAUUUUAUAUUAUUUCAUCCUCCAAGUCGCCGCAUUCCACUGCUGCAUCCGCAUUCCCGGCCUUCCUCACCGUCUCCGAUUCUUCGACCUUCCCAUCACAGCAAUGUCUGGGUACGGAUACCCUGGCCAGGGCGGCCACGGAAGCUAUCAGCAUCCCCCUCCCAACAACUACCCGCCACCGAACUAUCCACCCCAGCAAGGGUACGGCCAGCCCCCGCCAGGACAGUACGGCCAACCCUCACCGGGACAGUACGGUCAACCCUCACCGGGACAGUAUGGCCAGCCGCCGCCGAGGCAGUACGGCCAACCGCCGCCGGGACAGUACAGCCAAACUCCGCCGCCGGGCCAGUACGGCCAACCGCCGCCAGGCCAGUACGGCCAACCGCCGCCAGGCCAGUACAGCCAACCUCCGCCGGGCCAGUACGGUCGGCCCCACGGCCCUCCGCCCCCCGGGCUCGAUCGAUACGGCUAUCCCGUCGGCCCACCUGCGCGCCAGGGCCAGCACGGCUCGGGCUACCAGUCCUCGUACUCGGGCCACUCGCGAAACGCUGCGCCGCCGCCGUCGGGCGCACAGGAGUUUGGCCACGGUGCCCCGCAGGGCUACACCUUUCAGUACAGCAACUGCACGGGCCGACGGCGGGCGCUGCUGAUCGGGAUCAACUACUUUGGCCAGGACGGCGAGCUGCGCGGCUGCAUCAACGACGUGCACAACGUGUCGAAAUUCCUCAUCGAGCGAUACGGCUACCGCCGCGAGGACAUGAUCGAGCUCACCGACGACCAGUCCGACCCGCGCAUGCAGCCCACCAAGGACAACAUCCUGCGCGCCAUGCAGUGGCUGGUCACCGAUGCGCGGCCGAACGAUUCCCUGUUCCUGCAUUAUUCUGGACACGGCGGCCAGACGGAAGAUCUUGACGGCGACGAGGACGACGGCAACGACGAGGUCAUCUACCCCGUCGACUUCCGAAAGGCGGGCCACAUCGUCGACGACCAGAUCCACCAGAUCGUGGUGAAGCCUCUGCAGCCGGGCGUGCGUCUGACGGCCAUCUUCGACUCGUGCCACUCGGGCUCGGUCCUGGACCUGCCGUACAUCUACUCGACCAAGGGCGUCCUCAAGGAGCCCAACCUGGCCAAGGAGGCCGCCUCGGGGCUCUUCGAGGCCUUCUCCGCCUACUCCAGGGGCGACCUCGGCAGCGUCGCCAGUACCCUCUUCAGCUUCGCCAAGACGGCCUACAGCGGCGACGACGCGUACAAGAAGACGGUCCAGACACGCACGUCGCCCGCCGACGUCAUCAUGUGGUCCGGGAGCAAGGACGACCAGACCUCUGCUGAUGCUACCAUCGCAUCGCAGGCUACGGGCGCCAUGUCCUGGGCCUUCAUCUCGGCGAUCACGGAGAACCCCAAGCAGAGCUACGUCGAGUUGCUCAACAGCAUCCGCGGCGUGCUCGAGACCAAGUACACGCAGAAGCCACAGCUGUCCUGCAGCCACCCGCUAGAUACCAAUCUUUUGUUCGUCAUGUGAGACGAAGCUGGAACCCCCUCGGAUUCGGUGGGCUCGGGAGCAUCAUGCGGAGCACGAUGGCUCUCAGGCCGUAAGAGAAGAAUGGAAUCCUUCUCGUUGCAGGUAGACUAUGAAUACAAGCUCUGUGCUGGUGUCAGAAUCAGAAUGCGGACACUCAUUUCAAAUGGGGGUUAUAUCAUGACAGGCCCCAUUAAAAUAGACAACGCAAGUGCAUACACAUGUCCAUCAAAC